AUGGAUACCGAUAAAGGCACAGUUACACAAACUAGUCCAAGUAAAGAUGAAGAACGUAAGCUCAGAAGAAAAAGACAGAGACGUCAAUUUGGCAAUGUGUGCGUCGAGUACACGCAAAGCACAUCGCUGCAGGGCCUGCCGUUCUUGACUAAGGAAGGACUUACUAUGACUGAGAGAAUAUUUUGGCUUCUCACAAUUAUUGCGAGUCUCAUAAUGUGUGGGUAUUUGAUUGAAGAUGUAUGGACCAAGUGGCAGACCAGUCCCGUCAUAGUUACUGUGAGCGAGCAACUUGUUCCUGUUAUAAAGGUACCUUUGCCGUCAAUUACAAUUUGUCCUCAAGCAAAAUGUAAGUUGUCGGUUUAUAACUACAGCCGUGUGGUGGACGAUUAUGUCCAUGGUCGGUAUUCUAAAACACCCCUGGAAGAAAGGUAUAAGUGGUCGGGAAUUACUCUACUUUGUCCCAAAAAUAUGCGUACUGGACCCAGGACUUCUAGGAGACAAAACUCUACUACAAUGAAACAAAUAAAUGAGGUAGCCUUAGACUACAGGGACGUCUUUAAGUUAUGCAAUAUAAACGACGAAUAUGCGGACUGUAGAGAACUGUUUUCGAAAGUGCUGACAGCUUCAGGAGUCUGUUUUACAAUGAAUGUGUUAGCAGCCGAAGAAAUACUACACUUGGAAAAAUUACAGCAAGAUUUUUCAUAUUUGAGUUCUACAAGGCCCUCGCAGAAUUGGUCGAUUGAACGCGGAUAUCUGAGUGGAUUCGAUUCUCAAGAAGUUUACCCUAUUCGAGGAUUGGCAUCUGAUACUAGAGCAACAGUGACCAUAAAGUUUCAGCAAAGAUUGGACGACCACGAUGGUCUAUGCCACGGCCCGUCUCCAGGGUUCCAGGUGCACGUGCAGCACCCGGCGGAGUGGCCGCAGACCUCGCUGUACACACAGACCCUCAACGUCAACGAGCAAGCCGUGCUGGCGCUCAGCUUCAGUAUAAUGAACACUUCGGAGGCAUUGAGGAGUUACCGGCCAGAAUUACGACAAUGCUAUUUUCCUGGAGAACGUCAGUUGAAGUACUUUAAAAUAUACACAGCUAAGAAUUGUAGAGUGGAAUGUUUGGCAAACAUUACUUUAGAGCUUUGCGAAUGUGUUCCAUUUUAUCUGCCUCAUAACGACAGUGACCAGAUUUGUGGAGUAACAUACAAACUGUGUACAGAAGCAGCGGAAGAAACAAUGGCACAACGCGAAGCCAAUGUCGACGCGCCGGAUAGAUGCAAAUGCCUCGAAUCGUGCAAUGCAAUAACAUACGACUCACAACUCCUAAGAACUGGUCGUUACCAAGAUAUCUGGAAUCCUUCACUUCAAGGCAAUAACUUUUAUGAAACAUUACCUCAAAAUCUAUCGGGGGUCCAUUAUUCAGAGCUGAAGGUAUUCUACAAGAGCCCGCAGUUCAUAUCGAUGCGUCGAUCGGAGUUGUUCGGCGUGACUGACUUCCUCGCCAACUGUGGUGGUCUACUGGGAUUGUUUCUCGGUUUCUCAUUCUUGAGCUUGGUGGAAAUCAUAUACUUUUUCACACUCAGGCUCUGCUGUGCAUUAAGAAAGGAUCGAAAACAACAGAAAAAAAACUCCUUGGAGAAAAAUGAAGGUCAUGAAUUAACUGAAGAGUGUUUGCCAUCGGUUUGUAAAAAAACUCCAAAUUAUCGUAUUGACUAGAAUCAUAUUUUUAAUAUUUAACCUUUACUAAAUAAUUAUUUUAUUACUUACUCAAGUUUAGGCCUAAAGUGUAAUUUUGAGUCUUGUCUAGUCCCAUGUGCCUAUACAUUUUAUCUUGAUUAAAUAAAUGUGCUUAUAAAGUA